AUGCCACUUUACAGCAAUGCCAGUUUUUUAGAAGCUUACAACAGCCUCACAGACAAACACUUGGUACAUUAUUUUUCCACUGCUCGCAUGAGAAAACAUCUACUUGAUAAUGGACUUAUAACAGAAGAUGGUGAAGUUGUCCCAGAAGCAGAAUACCGUGAAAUACAAAAUCGACAAAACCAGAAACGUGCAUUUUUAGAAAUUAUUGCACAUGCUAUCGUUGAAAAAUCCCUAGAUGUUGAACGUAUACGUCAGGCGAAAUUAAAAAGAAAUUUAGAAGAUAUAUGUCGGUUGCAUAGAGUUCAACGACUCAGAGAAGAACGUUUGAAACGUUCAGAAGAAACCUUACUGUCACAGUUAUUUGGUAGAAAUAGGAGAUCUGGUGAAAAACUUCAACCUAUUAGAAUAUAUUCUGCAGGGAAUAUGGAGCACCAACGCGAUAUCUCUGAUACUGACAGAACAAGAAGAUCAUCGACUAGAAAAGAUUCUCUAAAGAAAAAUCAAUUCGACAGUCUAUACGACGCUUUACUCCGAUCGCAACAACAGAAUUUCCUGUUUAAAAGACCAUCAAGUUGUUCAUAUAAAAAUAGUAAAAAACAAUCCAAGUUAUUGUCAAAACGUUCAAGGCAUAAAUCAUCACGUGAAACUGGAGAUAGAAAAGAAGACAAACCUGUGAUAGCUGAUUUUUAUAAUGUUGAAGAGGAUGCAUUAGAGACGAAAAAUGAUGGAAGUGAUACUACAACUAUACAAGAUGGUUGUGAUUCUAGAGUUAGUCAAGAUCAAGGUAUUGUUAAAACGGUCAGAAGACGAAUGUCAACGGAUGGAAAACUCAAACCAACGAUACACGAGGAAGUGAAACAGACUUCUUGCAUAGUUAAAUUUAUGUACCUUGGAAUAUCACGUACAGAAGAGGCAAAAAUACAACAAACAACAAUAGAUGAUCAACAGAAAACUCCUAAAGGAAAAAUCAGCUCAGUUAAGGAGGAUAAUCAAUAUUUAUCACGUGUUAUAACAGUUAUUCAACAACCGAAUGGUGGAAAUACUCUGACUGUGUUUAAAGAUUCACUUCAGCCAGGCGAUAUAUUUCAAAUCGUAUCAAGACGAGCUUAUGGCUUUCCAUUUUCAUUAACAUUCUAUGUGGAUGGUACACAAGAUACAAGAAUUAGUGCAUGCUGUGAAUAUCGUCAUAGGCAAGGUGUUCGUAUCGGUGGGAGGAAUGGGCAUUUUGUAUAUUUAACAGUUGAAGGAUCGUUUCCAUGCUUUAGAUGUCAGACAGCUAAAGCAAUGAAACGAGAACUAAAAGCGAAGAAAUUAGCUAAAAGGUCUGUCACCCAUCGAGAUAAAGAAGAAAAAAGAUUCGGAGGUGGUGAAAAAGAAGGACAGAGAGAAGAAGACGGUGAAGACAAUGAGAGUGAUGUAGACGACAAUGGAGGCGACUCUAAAGAUAAGGAGUAUAAUACACUUGAUGUAGACAUUAACAAUUGUACAAAUGAAAAGGUAACACCAACUCACCGGCUAUCCACAUCUCUGUCACCUCCUGAAGCAGAUUAUAUGACAAGCAUAAUUGUUAACAGCCUUGAUAGUGAUAGUCAAUCAAUAAUUAUUGAUCGAAUCGCUGAGUUAGACAGCAGGCAUAAUAAAGCUGAAACAUUUCUCAAUAAACAAACUUACGACCAGCAUAAAAAUGCCGGAGAAAAUGAUCAACUCAACAAACAACUAUGCCAUGUGGAUUUAUCCAAUAUACAAAUUUGUAAUGAACAGAAUAAAUUCGAAGUUAUUCAACAGGACAGUUUAUCAGAUAAAUGUGAUUCUGUAACGCUGAAUAAUACACUAUCAGAGCGUAGUAAAUGCGAGGAAGUUGACAGAUCAAUAAAGAAAGAUGAAAGGACUGUUCAGAAUAAAAUACAUAAAGAUUUUAACACUUCAAAGAUUAGCGAUUAUUUGCAUAUGAAUGAAUUCAACAAAGAAGUUGAAGAAUAUGCCGACAGAGACGACGAAAAUGGCGACCAGAGUGGUGAUGAUGAUGAUGAUGAUACUGGUGAAUGUGUUGACAACUCGACAGGGAAUUGUCAGCCGACUGAUGGCAAGUAUUCAAAAGUGAAUAAAUUGACAUGUAUAAAAAAUAAAUGUAAAGAGAAAUUAAAAAGCAUUAAAGUUGUGCCCAGACAGAAAUUAUCCAAAUGGAAUCAAUGUAUGAAUAUCAAUGCUUCUUCCAUACCGGGUGACCAUUAUUCUCAAUUUUUAUCAACAAACUUUGAUAGAAUAGAUCCUGAAGGAUCUGAUACACAAGAAGUGACAAGUAAAACUAAUCUCAUACACUAUGAGAACGAAGAUGAUGAUGAUAGGGAGGAAUCUUUUACUACAGUCAGUUUAGAUAAAGAAAUGAAAACUAUUGAACAUCGAAACGCAGAUGAUUUGUUUAAAAUGAAUUUAAUAAAACAACUUAAUGAAAUUGAUAAAGAAUCAAUUUUUCAUAAAACUAUCCCUUCAUCAGCUAAUCUUAAUUUGAAAAGUGAACAAGGUGGACAAGAGAAGUCCACUUCAAAUAAACAAUUAGACGAAUUGUCGAGAUAUACUACUGAUAAGAAACAUUUCAGCGACUUGUUUAAUAAACAAGCAUCUCAUGACAUUAAUUCAUCACUGUGUUCAUUAGAAAAUCGUAUACCAAAAAUAGUUAUUCAAUCGCCUUCUUGUAGUAAUAAUUCUAUUGAAUGUUAUGAAGAUACAAGUUGUAUGAGUAAUGCGAAACAGAUAGACAACGACGAGGUUGAUAUCGACGAUGAGAUGGAAGUGGGCGAUGAUGAUGAUGAUGAUGAUGAUAUAUCCAGUAAUUAUGAUGAUGAUGAAAAGACUAAUGAAGGUGAUGAUUUUAACACAUUCACCUAUGAUGAUGAUGAGGGUGAUGAUGACGAAGAUACUAGUCAGCUGUCUGUCAUCUAUCGUCCACUUGCCAAUCAGUCGACACUCGACCAAUCAACUGUGCAUCCUGUAACAACGACUAACAAACCAAUUCCUAUGAAUUCAAAUACAUAUUUCAACAGUCUAGAUACGAAUAGUAAUGAGAGUAGAAAUGUUGACUGA